AGAAUGAGCGGCUGCUUGUGGCGGUGACGUUGCUGCGGUGUUAAAGGGCCGUCGAGGCUCGGCCGGUACAGUUGGGCACGAGCGGCGCGCGUGGAGGCUCACCGGUGUCGUGUCGGAAGAAUUCUCUCUCUAGCUCUCUCACACACACACACACACACACCGACUGCGCAGACUCUGACAGCGCGAGAGAAGAAUGUCUCUCAUGGAGGAUUCUGGGAAGGCGGCACUGCGGCAGUGUAUGCAGGCGCGCUCGCAGUUGGAGACGGCCAUUGCCGGAGUGACCCUAGCAGAAGCGCAGCUGAGGGACAACUCGAGAGAGGUCAAGGCCCAGCUCCACAGCUGCAUCAGCCGGCACUUAGAGUUCCUGCGCUCCCGUGAGGUCUGGCUGCUCGAGCAGAUCGACAUCAUCCAGCAGCUGAAGGAGGACUCCCUGCGACAGCAGUUCCAGCAGCUUCACUGGCUCCUGGGUCAGUUUGACAUCCUCAUUCAUCAGUUGGAAAACUCAGACACCCACGAUCUGGCCAAUCAGCUCACCAGCUGCCUUGAGAAGCUAUCUAUUCUGAAUCUGAAACCGGAGGAGACCCCCGAAAUGAGUUUUCAAGCUGAUGUCCGUUCCCUGCGUCAGGCAAUAACCUCAUUUGGAACCAUUGCCACCCAGCAGAUGGAUAUCACUUCCAGGAGCCCUCAAGCCUCAAAUUCAUCUGAUAAUCAGUCCUGGUUGCUGCAGAGCUGUCCUGUUCUCUCCACCAAAGAGAAGGUGGAGCCCGAGUCAUCCCUGACCAGUUGUGCAUUUGAAUGCCAGUUUAGCAAGAAUCCCCAAGACUGGCUACUUUCCUCUGGAGAGAGAAUGCAGGUGAGCCCUCCUGUUGUGUCCUUUGACUUCUACAAGGCCUGGGGACAGCUGAAGGACCUAGAAGCCUGGCUUUUGAAAGAGAAGACUCCUGCCAGACAGCGGACUCUGAGCAAUGCUAGCAGUAGUAGUUCUACUUUCUCCAUCGAGAAGAUUGAUGACUCGGAGCUCAAUUUUGACAUGGAGGAGGUUGAGGAGCAGGGGCAGAAGGAAGUCAUUGCUGAGAUGAAUGAGCUUAGCUGCUGGCUGAUGAAACCAUCCAAAGGCAAGGAAAAGCAAGGGGGCAGUGGUAGUGGCCUAGCAGAUGCAGAGAUGUGGAAGCAAGUCUUCAAGCCCUUUCAUGAGCCCUUCUCCUCCAGCGAGUGGCUCCACAGAGGGGAUUGCGGCUCCUGCUGUGCCACACGCAACAAGGCUGUGGAGAUCGAGAACCUAGGCAAGCUGAAGUGCCUGAAGCCCAGCACUCCCCCAGCCCCCCCUACCUCCUUAGACUUAUGGCUACUGCAGAGUUCACCGGUCCUGGUCGAGCAGGUGUGCAAGGCAAACGAACCUUGCUCUACCUUCCAGGAGUGCGUGUGUGAGGAGAACUGCGGCAAGGAGGCCCUCAGUGCCUGGCUGCUGAAGCAGGAAGGCUGUGAUAAGAAUGGAAAGCCUUCACCUGACCACCAGCGCAAGUUGGAGUGCGCCGUGGAGGCCUGGCUGCAGCCGAACAGGAGUGGCCCCCCCAUGCCGUCCUCGCUCUCAGGUUGGGUUUCGCCUGACUUGCAGGGUGAAGAGAAAGCCAGCCACGAGGAACAGAACUCUCAGUUGAAGAGCACCUCCUCAGAGAGCCCAUUCCAUCUGGCUUUAGACUUACAGAACUGGGUACAGCCCAUGAAGAAGCCCAGUGUGCCUGUGACGCAGAUCACCAUGGAUGCUGAGGAUGACAAGUGGCUGCUGCGUAAGAGAGUGCAAGCACAAGAGCGAUACGUCCUUCCUGCAGUCUGUGAUCUCUUCUCCUGUAUGAAACUUGGUGGAGACAAGGAAAAAUGGUUGCACAGAGGACCUAUACAGAUGUGAAAAUUUGAAGAGAAGAUUUUAAUGAGCCACAAAUUUCCUCAUCGUGAGAGUAAUACUUAGCACAACUUCCUCUGUCACCUGACAAAACCACUGUGUAGAGACUGGACUUUUCUCUUUGCUUUUCUUGUCUUGUUCUGGGAAUUCACAGCUCCAUGAAAGCAUAGUAUUAAUUUUCCUGUGGGUCACAUCAGGGUGUGGAGUAACAGCAGCUAUCCACACCUGACAUGUUAGCCUGGGUGAUUCUUUUUUUGUGAGAAUAACAAAAACUUCUUUGAAUCAAAGAGUAGAGCUCUCACAGUACAGCAGACCAGAGUAACACUGAAGGAACUACAGAAUGCUGUGCCACAAAUCAGAUCUAAAUAAGCUAUAGGAUGUGGCACUUUAAAUUCCACAUUUAAUUAUCUGAGCUUGGGAGGUGCAAUGAUAUGGGGAAUUUUAGCCAUCUUUGACUUAUCUAGUAUUAUGCUCCAUUUUAAACAUGCUUGUUGGUGGAGGUGUGUAGUGUCUUGCAAACAUGGCAGUUUAAUCAUCUUGAAUGAAUAUUCCACUACUAAUUUAAGGGUAACAGGGAUGAAUGCAAACUUGUAUGUAGUAACUGAAGCUGUGGUUGGUGUACCACUAACAUUUACCAUACAAUGGAAGAACUAUGACGUGCUAAUAACUAAGCCUAUUUCUAUCAGUGUAGGACAUGUGCUGCUGUGGUGUAAGUGGAUGAAAGGUGUGAAACAGGUGCUAUAUCUGCCAAACAUAUAUACUGGUGCAUCUGAGCAUCUCUGCUGAUUCUGUGCCUGAAGUUUGCCUGUUUGUGUUUGAACCUCAUUUAGCACAGUGGCCAAGACUCUGCUGUAGCUCCACAUACACAAGUUUUGAAUACAAAGUAAGCAGCAGGCACAUAGAGAAUAUAUUUUAAACUGCUAGUAUAUUUUAAGUAUUUACAGCUAGAUUUUUUUUUUUUUUUUUUAAGUCUCAGAGCAACAUGCACAAAACAAUGCUACCAGAAAUGUGUUGAUCUGCCAUGUGAGAGUGUGAUGUGAUGGGUUAGAUGUCAAGCUGUUCCUGAAAUGGUGUUAAACCUGACUUACCUGGGCUUGGCUACACACUCAGCUCUCAUCACUUAAGCCCUGGCAGCCUGAGUCUCAUCACGGGGAAGGAAAGGCAAGGUUGUUUUCCAACAUACUCUAGCUUGUGUGGCCUCCCUUGUACCACGAGGCUCAUUAAGUGCUUUUAUCAUAUUCAUCUUAAAUGUACUUUAUUAUUAAUGCUUGCCACACUCCUUUUCUUGCUAUGGUAUUGCUCUAACUUCAAAUAAAAGUAUGGAAAACA